CUCCUGGCCGCUCCGCCCGCCCACAGGGGGACCCCGCGUUUGCUGUUCGCAGAGUGGCUUCUUUGCCAGGUUAGCCGCGGUAACGAUGGGCUGCGGUGGCUGGAUGAGGACCACACGCACUUCCGCGUCCCCUGGAAGCACUUUGGGCGUAAGGACCUGGACGAGGCCGAUGCACAGAUCUUCAAGGCGUGGGCAGUGGCCCGUGGCAGGUGGCCGGCCAGCAGCUGUGCGGGUGCGCAGCUGACCCCAGAGGCUCAGGAGCGCGCUGGCUGGAAAACCAACUUCCGCUGCGCCCUGAACAGCACGCGGCUCUUCGUGAUGGUAAAGGACAACUCCGGAGACCCCGUGGACCCGCACAAGGUCUAUGCCCUCAGCUCUGCGCUGGGAUCGGGAGAGCCCCUCCCCCAAGGCCCAAGCAGUGACAGAAAGCAAGAGGCCCUCCCAAAUGGAUGGCCCAUGAAGCACAAUCCCCCCAUGCCAUUCCCGGGAGAGGCUGGUGAGCAGCUCCAGCCAGUGCUACAGUGGGCAGGAGCAGCCGGGCAGAGCCCUCUUCCCACCCCAGCUGAUGGCACCAGGGAACUCUUGGACCAGGCUGUGCAGCAGAGUCACCUUGGGGACCAUCUUCUGGAAGCUAUGUGGAGGGUGGAGCCAGCCCCCCAGCAGCCUCUUGACACCUGCCAGAUCCCAGUCCUGGAGUCCCAGUACGAGCAGCGGCCUCCCACCGAGCCCUCUCCCCUUACCUGGGGCCCACUGGCAGAGCCCGGCCUGACCGUCUUGGAGCUGACCAUCCUAUACAAGGGCCGCCCGGUGCUGUACAAAGUGGUGGACCACUCCAGCUGUUUGCUCCUCUAUGGCCCCCCAGGCCCCGCUGCCAAGGCCUCGAAUGCCCAGCUCGUGGCCUUCCCCAGUCCCGCUGAGCUUCCAGACCAGAAGCAGCUGCUCUACACCGAGGAGUUGCUACAGCAUGUGGGCCCGGGAUUGCAGCUGGAGCUGCAGGCAGGCAGCCUGUGGGCACAGCGUCUGGGCAAGUGCCAGGUGUACUGGGAAGUGGGCGGCCCUCUGGGCUCCGGCAGCCCCUCCACCCCUGCCAGGCUGCUGCCUCGGAACACCAACACUCAAAUUUUUGACUUUGGAGUCUUCUUCAGGGAGCUGCUAGAGUUCCGGGAUCGGCGGCGACAGACCUCCCCACGCUAUACCAUCUACCUGGCCUUCGGGCAGGACCUGUCUGCUGGGAGGCCCAAGGAGAAGAGCCUAAUCCUGGUGAAGCUGGAGCCCUGGCUCUGCAGGGCCUACCACGAGGGGGUGCAACUCCAGGGCGCUUCCUCCCUGGACAGCGGCAGCCUGGGCCUCUGCUUGUCCAACUCCAACAGCCUCUACGACGACAUCGACCGCUUUCUCAUGGAGUUGGAGCAGCCUGCCUAG